AUCACGGAAAAAAGUACCUUUCAAGGUGUUGCGUUAUUUGCCUUUGAUACCUAGGCUCAAAAGGCUAUAUGCAUCUAACUACACCUGUGAGCACAUGACAUGGCAUGCAAAUAAUCCUUCGAGCCAGGAAAGUAUGGCACAUCCAUCUCAUGGAGAGGCAUGGAAACAUUUCGAUCGCACUCAUCCAUCAUUUGCCUCAAAUGCACGAAAUGUGCGCCUUGGGUUAUGCACAGAUGGUUUCAGUCCAUUUGGGAAUUCUAUUACUCCUUAUAGUUGUUAGCCUGUUAUUAUUGCUGUAUAUAAUCUUCCCCCAUUGAUGUGCAUGCAAAAGCCUUUCUUAUUCCUGAAUAUGGUUAUACCGGGCCCAAAAAGUCUAGGAAAAAAUCUUGAUAUAUUUUUACGUCCAUUAAUAGAUGAGUUGAAAAUAUUAUGGACAAUUGGGGUGCAAGCUUAUGACGUGUGCAAAAAACAAAAUUUCAACAUGAGAGCUGCUCUUUUAUGGACGAUCAGUGAUUUCCCUGCAAAUGCGAUGGUAUUUGGAUGGAGCACUCAUGGGUUGUUGGCAUGUCCUUAUUAUAUGGAAAUGACAAAAUCUUUCAGACUUCGUUAUGGAAGGAAGGCAUGUUGGUUUGAUUGUCAUCUUCAGUUCUUGCCUCCUGACCAUCCUUAUAGAAGACAAGCCUACAUGUUUCGGAAGGGAAAAUAUGAAAAUGAUUCUCCACCUAUGCGCUUAACUGGAGAAGACAUGCGACAAAGGGUGGAUAAGCUUCCUGAAACCAUCUUUGGAAAACUACCAGGUGGUACACACCCAAUUGAUGGAUUUGGCAGGACACAUAAUUGGGUUAAAAGGAGCAUAUUCUGGGAGUUACCAUAUUGGCACACAAAUCUUAUCCGACAUAAUCUGGAUGUCAUGCAUAUCGAAAAAAACGUCUUUGAUAAUAUCUUUAACACCAUUAUGGACGUUAAAGAUAAAACAAAAGAUAAUGUCAGAUCUCGAAAAGAUUUGGAGUUGUAUUGUAGUCGUACUGAGAUGCAUUUGUUUGAAGGUGCAAAUGGAAAAAUCUACAAACCCAAGGCACCAUAUACUUUAACUAAAACACAGAAGAAAAAAUUGUGCUCUUGGGUAAAAUCAUUAAAGUUACCUAAUGGGUAUUCCUCAAACAUUGCUCGUUGUGUGAAUGAAGAGGAAUGCAAAUUUUAUGGAAUGAAGAGUCAUGACUGUCAUUUGUUCAUGCAAAAAUUACUCCCAAUUGCAUUUAGAGAUCUACUAUCGAAACCUAUUUGGGAAGCACUGACUGAACUCAGCAGUUUCUUUAAGGAUCUAUGCGCAACUAUAUUGCGUGUGGAGCACAUGCAAAAACUUGAGAAGGACAUUGUUGAGAUAUUGUGUAAGUUUGAGAAAAAUUUUCCCCCAAGCUUAUUUGAUUCUAUGGAACAUCUACCAGUUCACCUUGCGUAUGAAGCUAAGGUUGGUGGACCUGUACAGUAUCGAUGGAUGUGUCCAUUUGAGAGGUUUCUAUACCAUUUGAAGAAAAAGGUUGGAAAUCGAGCUCGAGUUGAAGCAUCAAUUGUUGAAGCGUAUAUGAUUGAAGAAGUCUCAACAUUUUGCUCUUCAUAUUUUGAACCACAUGUAAAAUCCAAAUUAAAUCAGGUUCCACGAAAUGAUGAUGGAGGAAUGAUAGAUUCUUGUGAAAGUCUAUUUUCUACACAUCCUGGACGACCACUUGGUUUUAGAAUUGCAGUUAGAUAUCUGGAUGAGGAUGAGAUGAAGGCUGCACAUAGAUAUGUCUUGAUGAAUUAUGAGAAGAUUGAUCCAUUCUUGCAGUGAGUGAUCUAACUCAUGCAUUAUGUCCUCACAAAUGUUUCUUAUGACUUGUGUCUAUAAUUAACAUAUGAUCAUCACAAAUUCUGUAGGAAAUUUGAUGAAGAAAAUAGAAAACAAUUUCCAAGAAUAACUGAUAUGGAACUUGAAACAUUGCGGGACACAAAUUUUUCUCGGUGGCUACUUGCUCAUGAAGAAUACCUUGCAAAAACGGGUUGUACUGAUGUUUCUUCACAGUCUUCUUUCGAUAUCUCAACUUGGUAUGAUAUCACUGGAGGUCCUUAUAAAGGACGCUUAUAUGGAUUUGGAUGUAGCUCCUCAUCUACAAGUUCAAGUUCAGUUA